AUGCAGCAUGGCGAUGACGACGGUGAGACGCUGGCAGAGGCGGAACUGGAUGGAUUUCAGGCCGACGACCGCAGCUCCUGGAAUCGGCUCAGCGGAUUGGCCUUCGCCUGGGCUCUGGCCAUUUCCGUGGCGCUGGCGGUGCAGUGCGCCCAGGGCGAUCGGCGCCAGGAGAAGCGCCUGCGCCUGGAGCAUUUCAAUGGUUGGCAGUUCAUAAUGUGCUGCGUCAUCAUCUGGCACCACUACUGCAACCCGAGCAUUUUCGCAGAACUGGCCUAUUGCUCCGUCACGUUCUUCGUCUUUUUCUCGGGCUUCGUGACGGAAUACGCCUAUGCAGACAAGAUGUCAGGUGUCAAAGCACACCUCCGUUCCUUCUACUUGCGGCGAAUCGUUCGCGUUCUUCCGAUGUAUUAUGGUAUUCACUUCCUGGUACUGGUAUCGUCGGGCAAGUCCCUGGCAACCGAUUUCCAGGACUCGGUGCUCAUGCUGUGCACCUGGCAUGGGUCUUCACCUGCCACCAAUUUUCCUGCAUGGACCGUCUGCGCGCUGGUGUGGUGCUGGUUGUUCGCACCACUCGCUUCACGCAUCCUCUUCCACAUGCGACAGCGUUUCGGGAGCGGUGCAAAGUAUCCGCUGGCUCUCUGGACCUGUUUGCUGACUCUUGGGCUGUGUGAUGAAGUGUGGUCUCGCCUCGUAUUCCAGCAGGAUGAGGACAUGGAUUUGGACUACUGGUUCUACGAGACGAAGCACAACGUGUUCAUCUUCUGCCUCGGUAUGGGUGUUGCCGAGGUUGCGCGGCACAUGCCCGAUGCCCCUCACCUGGCGUGGCUUUGGCCUGUCUGCUGUGACGUGACCCUGCUCGCGACCCUGGUGCUGACGGCCUCCUGGAACGGAGCUGCGCCUUCCUGGGGCUCCAGCUACUGGAGUGGCUCUCUGGCUCCGGUGGCUGUAUGGGUUCUGACAUCAACCCUGGGUCACCAGUCCCUCCUGAACCGAGUCCUCAGUCACCGAAUCCUCCACACGCUGGGGGAGUACUCCAUGCAAAUCUACCUCCUUGCAAAUCCACUGCACGACUUGCUCCCAGAGGAAAUCGAGCCGAUCCUACUCUACGCGUUCAUCAUCGCCCUGUCCGUGGCUGCAGCUGAUCUCGUGGAGCAUCGGUGGUCCGAGUUCCUCAAGAAGGCCACAGACAGGCUCCAGCGAGGUGCUUCAGGUCCCACCGUGGAUCUCGAGGAUGGCAUCCUCCUAGCUGAGAGGGCAAAGCCCUGA